GCUCCAGAGAGCACAGGUGCAGCCGGUGGCUACCCGAACCCAGCCCCAGCAUGAGCUCCUUCGACCUCCCGGCACCCUCGCCACCGCGAUGCAGUCCCCAGUUCCCCAGCAUCGGCCAGGAGCCCCCCGAGAUGAAUCUUUACUAUGAGAAUUUCUUCCACACUCAGGGCAUGCCCAGCCCUCAGCGCCCCACCUCCUUCGAGGGUGGUGGGGAGUAUGGGGCCACCCCUAACCCCUACCUCUGGCUCAAUGGGCCAGCCAUGACCCCACCACCCUACUUGCCUGGCACUAACGCCAGCCCCUUCUUGCCCCAGGCCUAUGGCAUGCAGAGGCAGCUACUGCCCAGCGACCUGGGCUGGCUGCCCAUCCCCUCUCAGGAGGAGCUCAUGAAGCUGGUGCGCCCACCAUACUCCUACUCAGCCCUCAUUGCCAUGGCCAUCCACGGUGCACCUGACCAGCGCCUCACGCUGAGCCAGAUCUACCAGUACGUGGCUGACAACUUCCCCUUUUACAACAAGAGCAAGGCAGGCUGGCAGAACUCCAUCCGCCACAACUUGUCCCUCAACGACUGUUUCAAGAAGGUGCCCCGAGAUGAAGAUGACCCAGGCAAAGGGAAUUACUGGACUCUGGACCCCAACUGUGAGAAGAUGUUUGACAAUGGAAACUUCCGCAGGAAGAGGAAGAGAAAAUCAGAUGCUUCCUCGAGCACAAGCUCCUUGGCUUCAGAGAAAACGGAGAAUAGUCUCCUGGCAGGUAGCCCCAAGUCCACAGAGCCUCAGGACUUAGACACGGCCUCACCGGACACCACCAGUUCCCCAGAGAAGUGCUCCUCCCCUGCCCCCUCAGGCACCCCAUGCCUCAACAACUUCCUCUCCACCAUGACAGCCUAUGUGAGUGGAACAAAUCCUAUGAGCCGCUCGGUGACCACACCAGGACUGAGCCCGGAGCCUACUGACAAGAUGGGGCAGAACUCACUGAGUUUCAACUCCUACACGCCCCUCACCAACCUCAGUAGCCAUGGGAGUGGGGGUGAAUGGGUCAACCCGGUACCUACCAAUGCUCUAGGCUAUGGAGGCUCUGUCCUCAACCAGUUCAGCCCACAUUUCUACAAUAGCAUUAACACCAACAGUGUUCUCUUCCCCAGGGAAGGCACCGAAGUCUAGGGACAGGACAGCUUCUGGCCCACAGAGCCAGUGGUCAAAGGGAAAGCAAUGGAGGUCAGACCCUCUGCUACCCCCAAGAUCUGAGGCAUUUGAACUUCACAGACAGUACAGGAAGCUAGGAAGAAUCUGUGUCCUACCAGGAACACUGUCCAAUACUUCUGAUUGCCACAUCCAAAUCGACACAGAUUUGGUAACUAUGGUAGUCGUACUCAGUGUCAGCUUGCGACCAUUUGAGCAUUUACUAUGUGCUGGGUCCUGUCAUAGUGGGCUUUUUAAUGACGUGGUCACAGUAUGUACAGUCAUCCUUUGAAGUUCACAUGACCCUCUCCAUUUGAUAGAUCAUGAAAUUAAGGCUUGAGAAGAUUGGGGGCCUUCCUAGGGUCGUGAAAAUCACAGAGAAAGAUGUCAAAGCAGGGUCUGGGUAACCCUCAAAGACCGGAUCAAAGGAGGCAGCGGUGGAGGAACUGGAACAGGGUCAGCAUAAGAAGCUGGCUGUGGCAAGUGCGUGUUUCCCUCCCCACUGCCUUCUGGCUUCCCAUCAGAAUUCACAGCAGCUUGAGCAUGACUCAUCCCCACCUGAACCUUUCCUUCGUGCAUCAGCGUACAGGGGCACGCCUUUAGCUGCCACUCACAGGGGAAGCUAACAGCAAGAUACCCAGCAAAGUACCUCUAGCAGGUGCAAUACAGGGCCUCACUUUCCUAGCCUCUCCCCCUCCAGAACUUCAACAGAGCCAGAGGUCAGCGAAAAGAGUGGUGUGCACCCCUAAACCCGCUUCCCAGUACCUCCCACCCACAGAAUCUCGUAAACCCCCGCUUCCUGUGUAUGUGUCAUGGACCAGUGAACAAGACAUGGCUUGGGCUUCCAAGAGAAUCGAGGCCAAAUACGUAGAAUAAGCUGUCCCUUUUUACAGCCCUGGAGAGGUGGACACUUGUCUGAGAAACAAUGGCCUCGAGGGAGGGGUCCUCUGCCCUUAGAGGGCACAGAGACUGUAAGCAAAGCCUCUGGGACUGCUCUCCCUUGGUGUUGUAAAUUACUUUGUAUGACUGUGGUU